AUGCCGAGUUUUUAUAUAUACCUUAUAGAUGGAAACUUAUAUCAUGAUGGAGAAAGAGUAAUCAAGAUUGGCAUUAUACAUUGGUUGUUGGGGAUAUACGCAGAAAUAGAGAUUACAUUUACGGUUUAUCCCGAACGUUAUGAUGAGUCUGUGAUAUUUUUACCGAGUGUAACUGCUGAACAAUUUGGAUAUAAAUUUGAGUAUCAGGAAUUUGGUUUGUUACCUCAUCGUGAUACAUUGUUAUUUGUUAAUAAAAUUGUGGACGGCGUCAUUGAUUAUAUUAAGGGAAAGGGUGAUAAAUCGUAUAACGUAUACGACAGAUCGCAAAUUCAAAGUGACAUACAUUUAUAUUGUAAAGAGAUGGGUGUUUUAUUGUCGGAACAAUUGUUUCAAGUUUUGAUUUAUAAUCAUUUACUGGUGAAGACAAUUAACGAUUUUGUGAAAUCUGAAUAUUGUAUUGAUAAAGAUUGUUCUUUUAUGUGUUAUUGUAAUCAUAUUACCGAUGAACAGUGA